CACCCCAUAAAGGCACAUAUCGCAAUAUACAGUAAAAUACACUUUAUACAACCUGUUUAUUUAUGUUCAUUCUCUUUUAUUAUGUUUUUAUACAAUACACUUCUAUUUUUUUUUUUUAUUAAAAAGAAAAAAACAACUGGAACCGAUUAGUGGCAUUUCAAUGCAUUUCAAUAGGGACAUUUGAUUUGACGAGGUGCUCGUGCUUGCUCACAGAACAAAUGAAACUAUUGGGUUUGUGGUGAACUAAUCCAGCAAUGCUGUUCAUUUAGGGCUGCUGGGGCGUCUUUUUUGGUUCCUAACCACUGCUUGCUGGACUUUUGCUGCCUCCGCUGGGCUGCAGCAUAGCACGGAGAAAGAGGAGGAGGCGGAGGAGGAGGAAGUCUUUCUUCUCUUCGCUGCGGACGGAUUCUACCAGGAACCUCUGCUCACGUCGAGCGGCUUCUGGUGGCUUCUAAACCGGGCUUGGGUGGCGCGCCAUGCGCAUGCACGCCGGCUCCAAAGCUUCUGAGGACGCCUUCUUUUGUUUUUUUGGGGGUUUUUUUUUUUUUGCUUCUUAAUUUUUGGGGAUUAUAGUGAACUCGGAGCUUCUUGUCAGGAUGUCGCCCGGCCGCCGAUCCUCCACCUGCAGGCUCCUCGCCGGCUUGCUGCUGCUGCUGCUGCUGCAGGCGGUGCUGCCUGCAGCCGCGCUCAUCACAGGCACAGAGGCCAGCUGUGAGAACGAAGGCGAGGUCCUGCACAUCCCCAACAUCACCGACAACCCCUGCAUCACCUGUGUCUGUCUGGAGGGCAAGGCCGACUGCAAGCAGGAGAAAUGUCCGCCCGUGUCUGAAGAUUGCGCCCUGGUGGUCAAACAAAGCGGCGCAUGCUGCGAGAGGUGUAAAGGUUGCAUGUUGGACGGACGAGCCUACAACAGCUCAGUUACCUGGACCAGCGUCACCAAGCCCUGCAUGACCCGGCGCUGUCAGGAAGGCGUCAUCACCGAAGCACAGGUGCAAUGUGUGGUCCACUGCAAGAACCCCAAGAUCCAUCCCAAAAAGUGCUGCCCUACAUGCCCCAGCUGCAUUUUCGAGGGUCGUCUGUACAAAGAGAAGGAAGAGUUCAGUCCUGAAGGCAAACCCUGCAUCAAGUGUACUUGCACAGGGGGACGCACUCUCUGCAUGAAGGAGGCCUGCCCUGUCCUUUCCUGCCCUGCCCACCUCAGCCACACCCCUCCUGGGCAGUGCUGUCCCAAAUGUCUCGGUCAGAGGAAGGUGUUUGACUUGUCUCAGGGGAGUUGUCUGUUCCACAGCGAGGUCUUCGAGAACACCACGUCCUUCGUUCACGACAACUGCACCGAGUGCACGUGCAAGGACUCCACCGUGGUGUGCAGGAGGCGCUGCUCGCAAGCCGGCAGUUGCCAUGGCGACCGCUGCUGUGACGACUGCUUGUCCUACGUGAAGGUGGACGACGUCAAGUACUGCAGAGUACGCAAUAAGAUCUACAGGGAGGGCGACAUGUGGUCGUCAGUGAACUGCUCGUUGUGCGCGUGCGUGACAGGCAGCGUCGAGUGUCGGCCAAAACAGUGUGUACCAAUCACCAGCUGCCCCUCGAACAAGAUCCUCAACCGGACCGGCUGCUGUCCAGUCUGCACUGAAAAGCCAGGCGUGUGCACCGUGUUUGGCGACCCGCACUACAACACCUUCGACGGAAGAACUUUUAACUUCCAGGGAACGUGUCAGUACGUGCUGACUCGGGACUGCGGUGGCGGUACCGGCAGCAACGCCAUAGCCAAUAAUGGCGAGUCGAGCUUUACGGUGUUGGUGAAGAACGACGCUCGGCGCACCCGCUCCUUCUCCUGGACUCAGUCGGUGGAGGUGCGUCUAGGAGGGCUGGUCCUGGGCCUCCACCAGCACCUGACCGUGCGCAGGAACGGCACCCGCAUCGCGCUCCCCUACCACGGGCCUGGCGUGCACAUCGACCUGGACGGAUACCUCCUCAAGCUUACCACCAUCGCAGGUCUGGAGAUUACUUGGGACGGCGACAGUUUCGUGGAGGUGGUGGCCGCCCCGCACUUGCGUGGGCGCCUCUGCGGCCUGUGCGGCAACUACAACGGGCACAAGCGCGACGACACCAUGGGCGGCGACGGCCACUUCAAGUUUGAUGUGGACGAGUUCGCCGAGUCGUGGCGCGCGUUGGACAGCAACGAAUUGUGCGCGCAGCCGGCGCCCCACCGCCGCCCCACCUCCUUCCUGUGUCCCGGCAGCGUCAAGGUCAAAUUCCGCGCCCACCGUGAGUGCCAGAAGAUCAAGUCGUGGGAGUUCCAGAAGUGUCACCGCGUUGUCGACUUCGCCACCUUCUACAGGUCUUGUGUGACGGACAUGUGCGAGUGUCCCGUGCACAAGAACUGCUACUGCGAGUCGUUCAUCGCCUACAGCCGAGCGUGCGAGCGAGAGGGCGUCCCCGUUAUCUGGAAGCCUGACGCCGCCUGCGUGGCCACGCAGUGCAAGCACGGCGCCGUGUACGACACAUGCGGGCCGGGCUGCACCAAAACCUGCGACAACUGGAACGAGAUCGGGCCGUGCCACAAGCCCUGCGUGGCCGGCUGCCACUGUCCCGCCAACCUGGUUCUUUUCCAGGGACGCUGCAUCCGACCCCUGGCCUGCCCCGGACGGUGACACAGGCACCGGUCCGGGGGUGCGGAGUGAGGAAAACGCAUCUCGGACUUGAUGAGAUGCGGCGCAAGUACUCAGGGUCCAAGUAAUCCCCUUUGAAAAAAACACUCAGGAGAGGAAAUUGUGGGAGAACGUUCUUGUCUCGGAACCUCACGGGACUUUUGGACUCUUUAAGUCGUGUGGACCUUGUCUGAAACGGACGAGGAGCUUUUAUACAGGCGAAACAGAUUUAUGACAAGCUUUUCUACAAUUGUUAUGUGUUGAUACUGUUAAUUUAUAUAGCAAAGGUGGUAGCGCGGGUGAGGAGGGCACAGCUAAGAAAUGGUUUACAGUGAACCCCUGUUCGCACAAAGCCAGGCAAAGGGAAAGUCGAUCCACAGGGCUGCACUGUAACUCAGCUUGAACAAAAGCGAUUCAGCGGAUGCUUGGGCGAGUAACAAAACUUGACCCGUACUGACUUCAGGUUGUCCAAAGGCUUCAAGCGGAAGACUACGAUGCUUUUACGUGAAUGCCUGUUCUAGGAGUUCGCUUUAUAGUUGGGCUUCUGCUGUGUGGUUUGUCAAGUAAAGAUCCUGUUUCGAGAAACUUGCCAUGGAUAGCGUAAAUCGUACCACUAAGCAUGGGCCGGUUACCGUUAGCAAGAUAUACUGCGGUUCUAAAAAGUCACGGUUUCAAAAACGCUAAAACAUUCCAUCAGCAUAGUAAAAUCUGACAUCUGCCUGAUGGUUACAUGCUCAUUGUUCUAUAUUAGAAGUGCAACAACUAAUCGAUUGAAAUGGAAACUAUUUUGAUAUUCGAUUCAUCGUUUCGAGGCAUUAACUUAAAAUUGUCCAAAUCCUCAGAAUUUCAGCCUCUCAGCAGUAAAUAUUCUCAAAUUUCUGUCGUCCUCCAUGAAAGCACACUGAUUAUCUUUGUGUUUAAUCACAAUAAGACUUUUGCGAUAUCUGCUCUUACUUUGGAAAACAACGAUCAACCUUUUUGCCCAUUUUCUGACAUGUCACGGACCAAACCAGUUUAUGGUAAACUUACUCAUUUAUUAUGAAUCAUAAUCAAUUUAUGUUUGUGCAUUUUCUGCAGUCAGUUUGGGAUGUCCUGUUUUUUAAUAAAGGGAUGGAAAUUAAAAGAAUUUAAAAAUCAGAUUCACUGAUUAAUCGAAAAAAAUAGUGGACAGAUUAAUCAAUUAUUGAAAUAGUUUUUAGCUGCAGCCCUUCAUUAUUUAUUAUACGUGUUGACUUUUCACUGCAUUUUAAUCCAUAUGUAUAUCUUUUCAAUACUGUACAGUAUUCAUAUUCAUGUAAAACCCCAUUUAGAAAACAAUUGGAUGUUCGGCGAUAUAGCGGGGGUUCACUGUAAAGGGACAAAACAAAGAAAAAGCUAUUUAUGUUUAUGUAUUGUGUGUACUUUUGUGUGCCCAAAUGUGACUCGUGUGUUGUUGUUGUUGAAAAGUACUGUAGCAUCUUUGUGGAAGGUGUUCUUUGGAAAAGGAAAAAAAACACCUUACCUUCAUUAUUUAAGAGCCACAAUAUAAUCUUUUAACCAAUUGAACUAGUGUCUUCUCUCCAGCCUUCAAAUCAAACACAAAAGUUGUUGUUGUUUGUUUUCAUAUUUUCCUACUGAGAGCUUUUCCGACCAAUCAGAUUUUAGAUUCACCACUCGCUCAAUUUUCCCGUCCUCUGAUUGGUUGAGCUCAAAAUGUGCGUGAGAUUGAUUUACUGAGGAGGAAGACGUCGGACAUGAUUCAACAGUCUUUUUCCAGGCACCGCAUUGUCAAGGAAAAACUCGACUUUGUGAGGCUUGGUCAACCACAAAUACUUGCUCUCUGGCCUGUUUCAACGAGGAAAAAUUAUUUUUGUUUCAUUUUUUGGGGCACUUUCAGAAUAGCAUGUAUGAGCACGACAGCUAGCUUACAGCGGGAAGCAGAAAAGGAAGGGAAGUCCAAUUCCGUCUGUUAGCAUCUCCGCUGCGGUUCGGGCGAGGGGUUGUCCUUGGAGGGCGACGUCUUGGCGGCGACGCCCGGCUUGGUGGGGGCCCGGAACUGAGGUCCCGGCUGGUUGCUCCGCACUGCCUGCUGCUCGAUGCGUGCUUGGAUCUUACUGCUGCCUUCCGCCCUGAACCGACGCACGAUGGACAUUAGCCACAUCUUUGCUGCCCUCGAGUGAACCAACCUCAUCAUUACGAGGAAUGAGCUUUUUUUUAAAAUGGGGUUUUACAGUAUAUUGUUCCCCUACAUAGUUACCGUUUUGCUUUAACAAAUUCAUCCAGCCGCGCAAUUUUUGUGGGGAACCUAUCCUCCAUUAUUCACGGAAAAAACUCCCCAAUUUUUGUGCUCAGACCAAAGCAAAAAAAUUUAUUACGCUGCUGUUUGUUAGGUUUUAUUCAUUUAUGGUGUUUUUUUUACCAUCUGCGUUUGAGAUGUCCUGUUUUCUUGGAGGUCCUUGAAUAUACCUCGUGGGAGGGAACAGUCAAACUGAAAAUUGAAAGUUUUGUUUUGUUCUGUAUGCCUCCCGAUGCAGCUAAUAGUCUGUGAAGUUUACUUUCCCGUUACAAUUUUCCUGUACUUCCCAACAUUUAAUAUUGUGUGUAAACGCCAAAAGAUGAGUUUAAUCACUUCAAUUGUUCGUGUAAAGUGCUAAAACAUGUAUUUGUUGGCACAUGUGUGACGUCACAUCAGUUUGUGCUAGCGUCUUAUAUCAAUUCCCGGCCAGUGCCCGGGGAAAAAAAUGUGUGUUGAGUCAGAAUAAAUCAUAUGACUCGCUUUGGCAACCCCCGAUGGGACAAACCGAAAGUCACAACAUGGUAGCUAAUACUAUUGUUGAGCCUGCUGUGAAAGUGGUUUGUUUGUGUUGAAGAAUUUAACUACUGAAUGCAGUUCUGUAUGUAACAUGACUUCAUGAUUGUGUACAUACUAGAUGCAUGUGUGUUGCUGAUUAUUCUUUGUCUGCAUUGUUACAGAUCGCAGUAAAUAAAUCGAUCCAUGCGGAAUUAUCAUUUUGUCGCACAGAUGCACGCUAAAUUCAUGUUAAUAUAUAAUGUGAAACGCCAAAGACGGGCUUACAGGAAUUUAGCCGCGAUAUAGCAAGGGAACACUGUGUGUAUUAUUAUAUUAAUGUGUCAAGUGGCGCGCUCACCUGGUUUUCUUGACCUGGAUGCUGCUGCUGAGCUUCUCCAGGACGAAGCUGCCCGUGUCGUGAUUGAUGAUGAGCACGCAGUCCUUCUGGUACUGUCGCUUGUUGCCUUUGAACACCGUCAUGGGCGGCGUGGAGCCCUACGACAACAACUUCAACACACUUUUCGAGCAAAUAGAAACCACGCGUUUGUGAGGAGGCGUACCGGAAUGUGGGGCAGUGUGAUAGUGACUUCGUCUCCUUUGCCCACGUGUAGCUCUCCUUCACAGCUCGUGUCGAUGGAUGCCGGUUUGAAAUCAUCUUUUAGAACGAGAAUAAUUCAAAUGACCAAUUAACUGACAGAAAGUUUUAAACUCCUGCUUUUUUGAUAGUCAUAUUGAACAGAAUAAUGUUGGACCAAAGCUUAACUUCCCCUAGGUGGCGCUGUGUUGUUUCCUUUUUUAUAGUUUGUUUUCCAUGUCUAAUUUCUAGUACUUGAGUAUUUCUCUGUGCUUCUCAUAUUUUUUUUUGCUAAUGCUCUCAAAUAUUUUUGUCGUAUUUUCAUUUGGCUUAAUGUUUGUGUAUUUUUUAAUAUCUUUAUUUUCUCGUUGUAAAAGAGGUCCCAUCCAAUUCUGGUGUUGCAUUUCAAAAUAAAAGUCCCCAGAAAUCAUCA